UCAUUAGUUGGCUGACCUGACCCCUGAUCCGACAGCUCUUCCUAAUUUUGGCAACCUUGGUUUCUCCGCUUUUCUUGGGAUGAAACAACCGAUCUUGAUCUGUCCACGACACCAACUUCUUCCACCACCUAUAUAUUCCAUGCAUCCUCACCAUUCAACCAUUUUGAUCCAAAAGUACCCGAUUCCUUUGACCCCGAAUUAAACCCAUCAACAAAACCCUUUUAUUUCAUUCAAUAUAUGGCCCAAUUAUCUCUCGGAUCUUCCCCUAUUUACAAAGCCAAGUUUGCUAGAUCAACUAUCUUUGAUCCCAAGUUGAAGUUUUUGGAAAUUGAGCAGACCCAGUUGGGGUUUUGGAAUUCUUCCAAGAAAGACAUAUUUUUACGAUUACAGACAUCAAUGGUACCUUCGGGAUUGAACCCAAGAGACAUUUAUAGGAGCAAUAUGGCUUUAAGAUUGCAAGCCUCAACGGAGGGGGUCGCUCUGGUUCAAGAAACCACGGAAACUACACCAAAACUUAUCAAUGAUAGCAGCGAUUCAUUCACUGAGAUGAAAAAUAGAUUUUUGAGUUUUAAAAAACACAAAUACUUGGAAAACCUAGAGCGCUAUCAAGAACUUGCUCAAGCACAAGCCCCGAAGUUUUUGGUGAUUUCGUGUGCAGAUUCAAGAGUUUGCCCCUCGUAUAUCCUAGGAUUUCAACCUGGUGAAGCUUUUGUGGUCCGUAAUGUGGCUAACCUUGUUCCACCAUUUGAGAAUGGACCGUGUGAAACAAAUGCUGCGCUUGAAUUCUCUGUGACUACUCUUGAAGUUGAAAAUAUACUGGUGACUGGACAUAGCUGUUGUGGAGGUAUCCGUGCCCUCAUGAGCAUGGAGGAUGAAGAAAAUUCAAGUAGCUUCAUCAAGAAUUGGGUUGUGGUAGGAAAAGCAGCAAAAUCAAGCACAAAGGCUACUGCCUCUAACCUCAGCUUUGACCAGCAGUGCAAACACUGUGAAAAGGAAUCAAUAAAUAAUUCACUGUUGAACUUGCUUACAUACCCAUGGGUCGAAGAACGGGUGGCAAAAGGUUUGCUUUCUCUCCAUGGUGGCUACUAUAAUUUCGUGGAUUGUACAUACGAAAAGUGGACUCUUGAUUACCAAAAGAGCAAUCCAAAGCAGGAAACAGGUGGGUACGCCAUAAAAAACCGUGAGUUUUGGUCUUGAUGGUCGUGUUGUUCGUAUACUUCUUGAUUUUUACAGCUUGAUAAAAACUCUAAAUAUGAUAUGAUUGUUGUUUGUGCUGGAUUAUUGGAUCCAUUUAGACCAUAGUGAAAAUUAUGUAUCCUUUCUGUGUAACAUAAAUCACCAGACUUGUACUAAAAGGUAAUAGAAGUAUGCAAUGACCGUUUAAUGUUUUAUCA